UCCUCACAGCCGGCUGCUUAUCCCUUCGCGCUACGGAAGCAGCGGCCACCAUGGCGCCAGCGCCUCCCCCAAACCUCCGCUAAACCCCGGGGCCAUGCCCGCCGCCUCCUCGUCCACCACCAUCGCCGGCUCCCAAAAUGCCUCCUCCGCCCACGGCCAGGCCGCACCCAAACCCUCCUCUCCUCCUCGCCCCCCUCCGCUCCCCGCCCGCGCGCCACCUGGCCCCGCGGAGUAGGCGCCUCAGCUCCUCCACCACCCGCGUGGCCGUCUCGCCGUCGCCGCCGCCUCCGUCGUCGGCGACCUCCACGACGCCCUCCGACACGAGCGCGGCGCUGCGGGCGCUCUGCGUGCACGGCCAGCUGCCGCAGGCGCUCUGGCUGCUCGAGUCCUCCCCGGAGCCGCCCGACGAGGACGCCUACGUGGCGCUCUUCCACCUCUGCGAGUGGCGCCGGGCCUCGGACGCCGGGAUGCGCGCCUGCGAGCACGCCGACGCCGCGCACCCCACCUUCGGCCUCCGCCUCGGCAACGCCAUGCUCAGCAUGCUCGUCCGCUUCGGCGAGUCGUGGCACGCCUGGGGCGUGUUCGCCAAAAUGCCCCAGCGGGACAUCUUCUCCUGGAACAUCAUGGUGGGCGGCUACGGCAAGGCCGGGUUCCUGGAGGAGGCGCUGGACCUGUACCACCGGAUGCUCUGGGCCGGGGUCAGGCCCGACGUCUACACCUUCCCCUGCGUGCUGCGCACCUGCGGGGGCGUCCCCGACCUGAGGAUGGGGAGGGAGGUGCACGCCCAUGUCCUGAGGUUCGGGUUCGGGGUCGAGGUCGACGUGCUCAAUGCGCUCGUGACCAUGUAUGCCAAGUGCGGGGACGUCGGGGCAGCACGGAAGGUGUUUGAUGGUAUGGCCUUGACUGACUGCAUCUCGUGGAAUGCGAUGAUCGCUGGGCAUUUUGAGAAUCAUGAGCGGGAGGCGGGGCUGGAGUUGUUCCUUAACAUGCUGGAGAAUGAGGUGCAGCCGAAUCUCAUGACGAUAACCAGUGUGACUGUUGCGUCCGGAUUGCUGUCUGACCUUGAUUUUGCAAAGGAAAUGCAUGCGUUAGCGGUAAAAAGAGGUUUUGCCACUGAUGUUGCGUACUGCAACUCUUUGAUUCAGAUGUAUACUAGUCUUGGGAGGAUGGGGGAAGCAUGCACGAUAUUCUCAAGAAUGGAGACCAGAGAUGCCAUGUCAUGGACAGCCAUGAUAUCAGGGUAUGAGAAAAACGGCUUCCCAGACAAAGCUCUUGAAAUGUAUGCACUGAUGGAAGUAAAUAAUGUAAGUCCUGACGAUGUCACUGUGGCAAGCGCUCUUGCUGCCUGUGCUUCCUUGGGGCGAGUAGAUGUUGGCAUCAAGCUGCAUGAGAUUGCUACGAGCAAGGGCUUCAUCAGGUACAUUGUAGUUGCAAAUGCACUCCUUGAAAUGUAUGCAAAGUCCAAGCACAUUGAUAAAGCUAUUGAAGUUUUUAAGUACAUGCCUGAAAAGGAUGUAAUAUCAUGGAGUUCAAUGAUCGCGGGCUUUUGCUUUAACCAUAAGUGCUUUGAGGCUCUGUUCUGUUUCCGGCAUAUGCUGGCAGAUGUAAAACCCAAUUCUGUUACUUUCAUUGCUGCUCUUGCUGCUUGUGCUGCUACUGGAUCUUUGAGGUAUGGUAAAGAGAUUCAUGCACAUGUUUUAAGGCGAGGUCUGGCAUCUGAAGGUUAUGUACCCAAUGCUCUUCUGGACUUGUAUGUGAAAUGUGGCCAGACAGGCUAUGCUUGGGCACAGUUCAGUGCACAUGGUGAAAAGGAUGUUGUAUCAUGGAAUAUCAUGCUUGCUGGUUUUGUUGCUCAUGGACAUGGAGAUAUUGCUUUAUCAUUCUUCGAUGAGAUGUUAGAAACUGGAGAGCAUCCGGAUGAAGUUACAUUUGUUGCUCUAUUGUGUGGUUGUAGUAGGGCUGGAAUGGUUAGUCAAGGUUGGGAACUUUUUCACCGCAUGACUGAGGAAUACUCAAUUGUUCCAAAUCUCAAGCACUAUGCAUGCAUGGUGGAUUUACUGAGCCGUGUUGGGAGAUUAACAGAAGCUUACGACUUAAUAAAUAGAAUGCCCAUCACACCAGAUGCUGCUGUAUGGGGAGCCUUGUUAAACGGAUGUCGGAUGCACCGGCAUACUGAACUUGGGGAGCUUGCUGCCAAAUUUGUCCUUGAGUUGGAACCCAAUGAUGCUGGAUAUCAUGUUCUUUUGUCUGAUUUAUAUGCUGAUGCUGGCAAAUGGGCUGAAGUGGCUAGAGUGAGAAAAACCAUGCGAGAGAAGGGAUUGGAGCAAGACUAUGGGUGUAGCUGGGUUGAGGUUAAAGGAGAUAUCCAUGCAUUUCUUACAGAUGAUGAAUCACACCCGCAGAUGAAAGAAAUAAGUGCUGUUCUACAUAGCAUAUAUGAGCGGAUGAAAGCAUCUGGUUUUGAUCCUGUUGAAUCUUAUUCUUUAGAAGAUAAAGAAGUAUCCAAGGAUGAUGUUUUAUGUGGCCACAGUGAAAGAGUAGCUGUCGCUUUUGGUCUGAUCAAUACCACACCUGGCACCUCUAUUUUUGUCACAAAGAACCAGUACACUUGCCAUAGCUGUCACGGUAUACUGAGGAUGCUUUCUAAGAUUGUUCGCAGAGAGAUAACUGUCAGGGACACCAAGGAAUUCCACCAUUUUAGGGAUGGAAGUUGUUCAUGCGGAGGUUCAGGCUAAGAAGACUAUAACAUGCGGUCAUGUGCUAAUCUCACGUCAGUUCCGAAUCACCAGUACAUAAGUCUUUGGCAACAAGCAUUGUGAACUUGAUAUAUAUAGUCACUAGCAAGUAGAAGGAUAGCUUCGAUACGGCAACAUGCCCACCAUCAGGCUGCUUGCUGCUUAGAUAAACAUAGCUUAUGUUUUGGGUUAUGCGUAGAAGCUCCAUGCAAAUUUACAGCUUGGUACAUGACAAAAGAUGGUGAAAAGUUAUCGGAGAUGCUGGGAAUUCAGUUCCAAUAUAUCUUGACCUCACAGAAAUCUCCUGAAGUAAUGCUUCUUAGAGAUGAUAUUUGCUUCCAACAACUUGCCAAAAGAAAUAUCAACAACAGUACUUGGGCAAAGACCAAACCUCCCUUAGAAGCUGAGAGCACUUUGUAUUUGAGCACAUUAUACUAGUGGAUUAAUACUGAAUUUUUCCGUGGCAAUGUAUGAAAUAUUUCUUGAGAACUCUGUGCUCAGCUACAAUAGUGACAUCCACAGAACAAAGGUAUCCAUAUAUGUUUUCUGACCUUGUUGAGUGGGGAACGACAAGCAGCUGACUCUUGUAAUCCAAACCUUGGCAGCUGAUACAGUAUUGUGGAUCAGCAAGUUUGCUCUGUAAAUUAAACUGUCCAUCGGUGUACUUUUAUUGUACUGUGUAAUUCUGUACACUUUUAACUCUUGUGCCUGAAGCUGCUGCUACAAUCUCAAUACAACAGCUACACGAUGCUACUGUCUAACCAUAUAUAGAGUGUAUAUGCAGACAGAAUCUUUAUCAGGUUGUACCCUUUGAUGCUUCUUAACACCUAAUCGAACUUGAGCAUGUCCUUUGUUCUUAAAAAUCAAGUGCAUUGUUGAUUGUCGAGAAAAAAUUCCAUUUACUUGUCAAUUCAUGGUGUUUGAUGCAACCUGUAGGUUUUAUAAUGAUGUUGUACUAGAAAGGUGUAACAUAGAACCCCACAGUUGAUAUGCCGAGUUGUUGCAUUGGCUGGUUCAGGAUCUUCGACCAACCCUUGUAUUGUCAAGUGUCAACUGUCAUUGAAUUAUGCUAUCUUUUUCAUGCUGCUGCUGAUGAAUUAUGUACUGAUUCUGAACCUUUUUCUUUCUUUUUUUCAGAUGCAUGGGGAGCAUUAUCCAGAAACCACCAACACUUUGUGCCGCCACCAGAGUUUGUCUGUGUAUGAAUGAACAUCCCACGCUUUCAGGUGAUGCUCCUGCAGUCCUGUUUAAUAUCAGAUUGUCAUCCUCAUCCGGCAGCAGCGCAGUUCAUCCACAACACAGGUGAUGCUCCUGCAGUCAUGUUUACCAAUACAUCCUUGACCGAAAUAAGUUGUCUAUAAAAAAAAACUGUGGCAUCAAGAGACAUGCAUGUAACAAACAAGCAGUAGUAUUAGGGAAACUCAAGAUAUUAUUAGACAUAUGGUCCAGACAAGGAAAAACCCCAACUGGACCAACUAACAACCAGGGAAACCAAUACACAACUAAACCGUACAAUCUAUUAUGAUUUCUACACAAUUGGAAGGCCACGGGCGCACCGCAGCCAUCUAGUGUCCUCUACAUCAAGGGCGGCUCAGCCUGGAUGUACAGGCAACAAUAAAUGGUGGAUAGGAAGCCUGGCAUGGAAGAAGAAGGAAGGAAACUUCAGCAGCCCAAGAGAGCAUCGACUGGCCUCCUUUUCGGGUGAGCACAGCUCACGGCACGAUAUGAUCAUCAUCUGGGGGGAAAUAAGUUAAUGCAUCCCUAACCCCGUGGCUAUUCAAUGGGUUUAGGUUAGUUAGCAGGACCCGUACGUGGAAUGGGAGGGAGAGGAGAAGAGAGGAAUUAAAUGGGGGCAUGCCAUGCAGAUUAUGCAAGCAAGCAAGCAAGCACAUCAAUUGCAUGCUGGAACAGUUGGUUGUUGCUGCUGCUGCUCCAAUCCAUGCUUGUUUUGUAUCCUCUUUUUCAUGAGCUUCUAGAACAUCUUUUAUUUGUGCGUGUGGUUGUGACUUCUGGGAGUACAUGCAUUCCACCCAUUUUAUUGUCUAGGGCGGUUGGCAACAUUUAUGGGUUGUUGAUUCAUGCAAUGUAGUAGUACUAGAAUUGAUGUAGGAGGAGGCGCGUUAGUUUUGUUUGGCCUGAUCACUUCUUAUUUUAUGUCGACAAAUUUGUGGUGAUUUUUGCACACGCACAAACAAAAAACACUUUAUACUCUGGGGAAGUUGGCAACAUUUAUUGGUUGUUGAUUCAUAUAAUGUACUCCCUCUGUUC